AUGGCAUCAACCUCCGACCAUCCCGCUCCGGUUGAUCUGCCGCAGCUGCAACCCCCACCACCGCAAAAUCAAUCAAUCUCCUACUCCUCCGAAUCUUCCUCCAAUGUCCUCGCCUCCGAUUCCCCUUCGCCCUCGCAAUACUCCUCCUUUUCCAGCUCCGACAGCGAUGGCGACGACCAUAUCCCCGGUGCGACCGAGGUCGUCGACGAAGACGAUGCCGGUGACGUUGUCGGCGUUAGUAUCGGUCGCUUCCAAAGCCGCAUGAAAGCCCGUGCCACACCUGCCGAGGAGAAAUCGCGUGUGCUGGAACAGCAGGGGGGCUAUUUCACCACGGUGCCGGAUCAAGUGGGCGAGGACGGCCUCUUCACCUCUGAACUCACCGCCGAACCCGAGUCCGUUGACCCGGACAGCAACGAGAGCACAAUUACCGAGUUCGAGCGAGAAGGGAAGACCAAGAACCGGCGAGCGACUGCCAGAAAGCCCGCCACGCUUCCACCCGCCUCCUCCAUUCCAGUGGAGCAUCGCACGCCGCGUGGCCCCCACAAGGAGCUCUCCGCGCCUGCGCCCAGGUCCGACUCCAAGGAUAAUGGUUCGAAUCAGCGCUCGAGCUUCACCCGGUCCUUACUGAAGACCUCCUUACCACGGAGACCGCGUGCUUGGUCAGGGGAAUUGAAGAAGUUCCUGCCGGACCUGGGAUCCCUGGCGAAACGGCCUUCCCUGUCUUUCCGCUCGAAUAAUGGCCCUCGAGCUCGGAGCCAGACGGUGGCCACAGCCGCGAAACGAAGCCCAGAAAUCGGGUCAACAACAUGCUCUCUGAAUCGACACUCGCCGUUGCCAUCGCCAUCAUCAUCGCGGACGCUGAACGGCAACGCCGAGACCAAUGCCGCUGUUAAUCCCUACGAGGAUGAUGAAGGAGAUGAUGCGCGGCCACUAUCAGAGCUCCGAUCGCUCGAUGGCGCAUCGGCCGUGAAGCAUUCUUUCACGCGCCGGCCUAGCGCAACACCAAAGCGGCCGCCGAGUCUGCGAAGAUCUUCUUCGGAUCAAUCGUUGUAUCUGCGCGCUUCGUCCACAGCGUCUUCUUUGGAGCAACGACCACUCUACGAGAAUGUACAUUCACAGGUCAAUAGCCGGUUUAAGGCCAUCAAGGAUAGUUUGCAGGAUUCGAGCAGUCGCUUGUUGAGCAUGCCCUCCUUGCAUCUGCAGGAUAUUCGUUAUGAUUGGGGAUCGCGCCCAUCUUUCUUCAAUGAGAAUGGUCCGGAGCCAACCACGACCACCGCCGACAGAGGGAUCAAUGUUCCACAUGCUCAUACGGCCCCGCCACCUCCGCCGCCGAAAAAUAACCCUCAAUCGACACAUCCGAUACUGGAAGAGGCCAUGUCCGAAUUGACCGGCGAUGUGGUGAUUCUGGGAGGCUACCGCGGCUCGAUAUUGCGGUCUGCAAAGCCGCCGCAUCGGCAAUUAUGGGUUCCGAUGAAGGUGGGCUUGAAUCUGCGUAAGGUUGAUCUGGAGGUUGGUUUGACCCGUGAGGACGAGGAACGCAUGGAAGAAUCGAUCAUUCCCUCCGGAGUGCUAUCCCACGUCGGCCCCGUGGACGUCUGCCGCCGCCUAAUGAAACGACUGCGUAAAUGCGACAAUUGCGUCCGUGGAGACCUCCGGGUCUGGGACUACGGGUACGACUGGCGACUGAGCCCCGAGCUACUCUCCGCAAGGCUAAUCGACUUCCUGGAACGUCUGCCCUGCAACCGGCCAUCCCUGGACGGCUCAUUGAAGACCAAGCGCGGAGCUACAGUCAUUGCCCACAGUCUGGGCGGCCUCAUCACCCGACACGCAGUGAAUCAACGACCCGACCUCUUCGCCGGCGUCAUAUACGCCGGCGUACCGCAACACUGCGUCAAUAUCCUCGGCCCCCUGCGCAACGGCGACGACGUCCUCCUCAGCUCACGAGUCCUAACCGCCCAAGUCAAUUUCACCUUCCGCACCAGUUUCGCCCUCCUCCCCGAGGACGGCCACUGCUUCAUCGACAAGCAGUCGAAAGAGGAAUUCCGCGUCGACUUCUUCGACGCGAAGAACUGGGAAGAGUACCGCCUAUCACCGUGCAUGGGUCCAGCCCUCCAACCCCCCACAAACGGAAGCGUCUUCAAAGACUUCGCAACAAUAAGCAAACGCUUCUCCCUCGGUCCGAGAGACUCCCUCCCAGACAUCCAGGACCCAAAUGACCUCAGUCACACCGAAGAAGUCGACAACGCCUCUGCUUCCCACCGCCCGCACAGCAUCCCCAACCUCCCCGACACAGCGCAAGAAAAGGCCUCCGAAGCCCUUCACCACCAACCCCAACCCCUAGAAGGCAUCGUCGGCCCCUCCGCCCCACGAAGCAGCACAAGCGCAUCCAAAAUCUCAACAACAGUGACAAUCCCCCCGGCCGCCGCAGCAGAAUACCUAUCCCGCACCCUAUCCGAGGUAAAGCGCUUCAAACAAGCCCUCGAGUUCCAGCCCUCCCACCAAUCAACCAACAAAUACCCGCCCGCAGCGGUAAUAUACGGGAAAUCCGUACCAACCGUCUACGGCGCACGCGUGACAUCCCGCGAAGCGAUCAAGCAAGCGGACUGCUACGAUGAUCUGGCCUUCGCGGCUGGCGACGGCGUUUGUCUUGCUAGUGCGGCGAUGUUGCCGCCGGGGUAUCGGAUUAUUAAGAAUGGGCUUGUUAAGAGUGAUAGGGGGCAUGUGGGGCUUUUGGGGGAUCUGGAGGGUGUGGGGGAGUGUUUGAGAGCUGUUAUUAGGGGAAGGAGAGAGGGGGUUGGGAUGGGGGUGGAGGAUGCGUCGAUGGUGGCUGUUUAG